GCACGCCUUCCUUCUGUCGAAAUCGGUCAACUCUGACUCCACCAGAUUCCACGCAAGUCCCUCCGUCCCUGGUUCUCGGCUCCAAGCAGCCUCGAUCGCCCCCCAUGGAGUCCGCGAAGCCAUGGACGGAGGACGCGAUGUCGAAGAUGGUGGCAGCGUCGCGCCUCUGGUUCGCCGGAUUCGCGGACGCGUGUUGCCUUCACAGAGUCGUCUCCCUCUGCCUCAAGUUACCUUCCUCUCCCUCGUCUUUAGCUCGUCGUCGAAGAAGCUCUCGAUCAGGACCGGACAGUGUUUUCUCUUGAACGGCUUCAUAUUCCUCGGGAGCAUACUUGUCUUACAUUUGCUUGUCAUCCCUACACUUCAGUGGAUAUUGCCUGAGAACUGCUGUCAGAUUACUUCUCAAGACUCUUGUCCAUUUUCUAGUGUUUUGAAGCUCUAUUCGUUCCUACAUUUUGGACUUGUACAACUGCUUUAUGUUUUCUGGUUCUACCCAUUGUACAUUUUUAGCUUUAUUUUGAGCGCUAUAUGGUACAGUGAUAUAGCUAAACAUGGAUUUGCUGCUAUGGAAGGAUCUCAGUCUACGUUAGAGCAACCCUCAAGCAAAAAUGAAGCAGUGGCGUUGGAAAGAAAGAUUGAAACAGAAAAACUUGUUGAUCUUGGAGGGUUGAUGAUUGGAAUUGGAGAGCAGGUGUAUUCAAUACUGCUUCUGACCUUUUUCUUCCUGGAGGUUUAUGUUCUAGGAUUUGUUCCCUAUAUUGGGAAGCCACUUAAUAUUUUGCUGCUCUCCUGGAUGUAUGCUUAUUACUGUUUCGAGUACAAAUGGAACUUUACUGGAGUUAGUCUGGACAAAAGGCUGGACUUCUUUGAAUCCAAUUGGGCAUUCUUUGCUGGUUUUGGAAACCCCUGCGUUCUGGCUAGUUUCUUUUUCUCACCUCUGGUGGGCUAUGGUGUUAUGGCUAUACUUUUUCCACUGUUUGUGCUGACAGCUACAAGCUCAAGGGCUGAGCAAGCUAUAUUUUCUGAAGGAAGAAAAAAGAGAGAUGCUGGAAUAGGAAGGCUACCAAUAUUUUAUGCCGCUGAUACUUUGUCGAGUUGGUGAUUUUUGCUAAUACCUUGAUAUAUGAAUCGACGAUGUGGGUAUUGGGUCUUUUCUCUUUGGAAUCUCGGGAGCAAUUACAAGAGAAGAAGAUGCACUAGAAAGCUUUGAUCACUGUUGACAUGAUUGUAGCCUGCAUGGAACUUAUAACGCAUAAACCCUCUCAGCUCCUGUACAGGUGAUUCAUUAAUAACAUUAUCUGGUCAUGAUGGUGGUUCUGGUGUUGUUAAUUCUAUAUGUUGAUUCAAUAGACUGAGCCCUACAACAAUAUACGUUGACAGUAACACGUGUGCUUUUGUACUUUAGUUCAAGGUAUCAACGAUCAUCUGACGCUAAGAAGUUUGUACAUACUCGUUAGAAGAUCCUGGAGCAUAACAUUUCCAUGGAAGGCAUAUUUGUUAAUGAACCGGGUGGUCAACAAUGAUGUGGUUGUGUUCGUCGUCGUAUGCUAUUAACAAGAAAGUCUAUGUAAAGCACUCAACUGUAAAUUCUUGCCGACAAGUGAAUUUCCCUGGUGAAGGUUAACCUGUUGACUCCUAUUUUCACCCUUUAAAUUGUACAUAGCGACAUAUCUUUGUUAAGUUGCAAUAGACUGGACAGCUUUUUUAAUUUUGUCUU